AACUCGAUUUCGUGUAAUGCCGAUCCUCCGUGUGUAUUCAUCGUUGUGCUGUUUGUUUUUUCACCAGCUCCAGUUAACGUGUGUUUUGCAUUACUAAAGAGCGUCACAGAUGGUGCUUGGAUUUGAAUUUUAAUUUUAGUGUAAAAUGCAUAUUAAACAAGUUAUCAUUCAGGGUUUCAAGAGCUACCGCGAGCAAACAGUUGUAGAAGAGUUCGACAAGCGUCAUAAUGUGGUAGUAGGCCGGAAUGGAUCUGGCAAAAGUAACUUUUUCUACGCUAUCCAGUUUGUCCUCAGCGAUGAGUUUACCCAUCUUCGGCCGGAGCAAAGGCAGGCCCUUUUACACGAAGGCACGGGGGCUCGGGCAAUGUCUGCAUACGUGGAGAUCAUUUUUGAUAAUUCAGAUAAUCGUGUUCCGAUCGAUAAAGAAGAAAUCUUUUUGCGUCGCGUUAUCGGUGCCAAAAAAGAUCAAUACUUUCUCAACAAAAAAGUUGUGCCCCGUUCUGAGGUUGUCAACCUUCUAGAGUCGGCGGGAUUUUCCAAUUCGAAUCCGUACUACAUUGUAAAACAAGGAAAAAUAAACCAAAUGGCUACGGCGCCUGAUUCGCAUCGGUUGAAAUUGUUGCGUGAAGUAGCUGGAACAAGAGUAUAUGACGAGCGAAAAGAAGAGUCGAUGAACAUUCUGAAGGAAACUGACGGGAAAGUAGAGAAAAUCACCGAAUUUCUGAAGACCAUUGAGGACCGCUUGAAAACGCUCGAAGAGGAGAAAGAGGAAUUGAAGGAGUACCAAAAAUGGGACAAAGCUCGUCGAACGUUGGAGUAUAUUAUUCAUGAAACCGAGUUGAAGGAAAACAAGAAGCUUCUCGAUGACCUGGAGUCCCAGCGCAAAAACUCCGGUGACAAGCAAAAGCAAUUUGCACAAGAGAUUCAGAAAGCCCAAGAGAAAAUCAAAAACAUUCAAAAGUCCCUCAAGGACGCUAGAAAAGAUGUUAAUACGGCAAAGGAUGAGAAAAGUGUGUUGACAACAGAGCAUCAACAGCUGUUGAGGGAAAAGACAAAACUGGAUCUGACGAUUUCCGAUCUCUCCGAUGAAGUGCAAGGCGAUAAUAAGUCGAAAGAACGAGCUGAACAAGAGUUGGAGCGUUUGAAGAUAACAAUAUCGGAGAAGGAAAAAGAGCUCGAAACUGUGCGACCACGUUACGAAGCUAUGCGUAGAAAGGAGGAAGAAUGUUCAAGAGAAUUGAACCUGAAGGAACAAAAGCGAAAGGAACUGUAUGCUAAGCAAGGACGUGGCUCACAAUUUUCAUCGAAAGAGGAACGAGAUAAAUGGAUUCAAGGAGAGCUAAAAUCGCUAAACAAGCAAAUUAAGGACAAAAUUACGCAUCAAAGUAAGCUGCAGGAAGAUUUAAAACGUGAUGCCUCAAAGCAAAAGGAGUUGGAAAGAAAAAUAGAGGAGCAUACGGAAACGUUCGAGCAGUUGCGGGUGCAGAUUGAUGAGCACAACAAAAACUACUAUGAGCUGAAGAAAAAGAAAGAUCACUUCCAAACUAUUCGUAAUGAAGUUUGGAAAAGGGAAACUCAAGUAACUCAAAGCUUGUCCAGUAAUAAGGAGGAACUUGCUAAAGCUGAUCAGGCUUUAAGAUCGAUGGCAGGCAAACCCAUCCUUAAUGGUCGUGAUUCUGUGAGAAAAGUUCUCGAGAGCUUCCUACAGCGUGGCGGACAGUUUGCCGAAAUAGCUCGCUCGUACUAUGGCCCGGUAAUUGAGAACUUUAACUGCGACAAAUCGAUCUACACCGCUGUUGAAGUGACGGCCGGAAACAGGCUGUUUCAUCACAUUGUUGAAUCGGACAGAGUUGGAACGCAAAUUCUGAAGGAGAUGAACAAACAAAAACUUCCUGGCGAGGUGACUUUUAUGCCCUUGAAUCGCCUGCAAGUUCGCAUUCAUGACUAUCCGGAGGAUCCUGAUUCAAUUCCAAUGAUUUCAAAGUUGAAGUAUGAAGAACAGUACGACAAAGCCUUGCGAUACAUAUUUGGCAAAACUCUAAUCUGCCGGAAUCUCGAGCGAGCCACUGAGCUUGCGAAGAGCACAGGAUUGGAUUGUGUUACAUUGGAAGGCGACCAGGUCUCAUCAAAGGGAAGUCUGACUGGAGGAUAUUUCAACACAUCGCGUUCGAGGUUGGAAAUGCAGAAGAAACGGUCGGAGUAUUUACAGCUGAUUGAAGAGUUGGAAAAAGAAUUGACUGGUUUCAAGGCGGAGUUAAAACAAAUCGAAGUUAACAUCAACGGUGUUGUUUCUGAAAUGCAAAAAACGGAAACUAAACAGGGAAAGUCAAAGGAUGCGUUUGAGAAAAUUCAGGCCGAUAUUCGUUUGAUGAAAGACGAACUAACGAGGAUUGAACGAUUCCGAAACCCGAAAGAACGCUCGUUGGCCCAAUGUAAAGCCAAUCUUGAGGCUAUGAAUAGCACAAAGGAUGGACUAGAAAAUGAACUUCAUCAGGAGCUCAUGUCACAGCUCUCUGUUCAAGAUCAGCACGAGGUUGACCAGUUGAAUGAUGAAAUCCGAAGAUUAAAUCAGGAAAACAAGGAGGCAUUUACAUCUCGUAUGAGCUUGGAGGUGACCAAGAAUAAAUUAGAAAACUUACUCACGAACAACCUUUUCCGCCGUAAAGAUGAAUUAGUGCAGGCGUUACAGGAAAUAUCUGUUGAAGAUCGGAAGCGACAGCUAAAUAAUUGCCGCAACGAACUCACGUCUACCGAAAAAAGAAUCAAGAAAGUUCUCGGUGAUUUGGAUGAAAUGGAUAAGAAGGUGGUGGGUGCCGUAAAGCAACAAAAAAAUUUCCAAAAAGAGCUUGAAACCUGGAUGAUGAAGGAGAAGGAAUCGCAAGAGAAAAUGGAGGAAGACUCAAAGCGCAUGGAAAAGUGGGCAGCGAAGGAAAAUUUGCUGCAUCAAAAGAUUGAAGAAUGUACGGACAAAAUUGCAAGUCUCGGGGCGCUUCAGGUGGAUCCUGCUUAUCAAAGAAUGUCGUUGAAACAGUUAUUCAAAGAGCUCGAAAAGGCCAACCAUCACCUGAAAAAAUAUAAUCACGUUAACAAAAAAGCCUUGGAUCAGUUUCUCAGCUUCUCCGAGCAAAAAGAAAAACUGUAUAAGCGAAAAGAAGAACUCGAUAUUGGAGGAGAAAAAAUUCGCGAGCUUAUGCAAAACUUGGAGAUGCGUAAGGUUGAAGCAAUUCAAUUCACUUUUCGACAAGUCGCUGCUAAUUUUACUGAAGUCUUCAAAAAGCUGGUUCCUCAUGGUGCGGGUCAUUUGAUUUUACGGACGCAUAAGGACGUCGAAGGCAACGACAUGGAAAAAGAAGUAGAAACUUCAGAUGAAUUCACUGGUAUUGGAAUCCGCGUAUCGUUCACCGGUGUCGAUGCAGAGAUGCGAGAAAUGAAUCAGCUUUCCGGAGGGCAAAAAUCUUUGGUUGCAUUGGCUCUUAUAUUCGCUAUUCAAAAAUGUGACCCAGCACCAUUUUAUUUGUUUGAUGAGAUUGAUCAAGCAUUAGAUGCACAACAUAGAAAAGCAGUUGCAGACAUGAUUCACGAAUUGAGCGAUAAGGCACAAUUUAUCACAACCACGUUCAGACCAGAACUACUCGAAAAUGCGCACAAAUUCUAUGGUGUACGCUUCCGUAAUAAAGUAAGCCAUGUCGAUUGUGUUACUCGUGAGAUAGCCAGAGAUUUCGUGGAAGAUGAUACAACACAUGGGUAAAAGCGUUCUGAAUAAUUAUAAUCGUAAUGUUUUCUUUUAAAACAAACUUUGAUUCUUCUUUCUUAAUAUAUUAUUUUAAAAUCGCGUUACUACUUUAGAAAUAAGAUCAUAACAAUAUUUGUCAUUGAAGUAAAUAAAGCAUUUUGACGAGA